UUCUGCGUUGCAAUUGGUGAAGAAGAUCGAAUCGUGACAGCAGCGAGAGCUUCAUUCUUCUUCUCAAAUACUCAAACAUUAACAUUCAAGAUGAAAGAUGUCAUCGGAUACCUCAAACAACAGCAGAGCAAGAGUCCGACGCCUGAGAUGGCCUCGGAAUGGCACUCACUGGAUGAUCUUUACAACAGAAAAUUGUGGCAUCAGUUGACUCUGAAGUUGACCGUCUUCGUGCAGGACCCGUAUUUCGCCAAAGGGGACGGUCUCAUUCAGCUCUAUGAAAACUUCAUCAGUGAUUUUGAACACAGAAUCAACCCACUGUCCUUAGUAGAAAUCAUCCUUCAUGUUGCUAGACAAAUGACAGAUCCAAAUACUGCCAUCACCUUUCUUGAGAAAACAAAGGAGAAGGUGAAGGCCAGUGAUGAGGCUGUCAUUCUCUGCAAAACCUCAAUUGGUAGUCUUAAACUUGACAUCAACGAUCUCACAGCGACAAAGAAAUUAAUAGAAGAAGCAGAAGAGAUGCUGAACAAUCUACCAGGUGUGACAUCAGUGCACGGACGAUUUUACGACCUGUCAAGCAAAUAUUACCGCAUCAUUGGCAACCAUGCCCUGUACUAUAAGGAUGCUCUGCGGUACUUGGGUUGCGUGGAAGCAAAAGACUUGCCAGAAGCAGAGCAGCAAGAAAGAGCUUUCACAUUAGGUCUGGCAGGCCUACUCGGAGAGGGCGUGUACAACUUUGGCGAAUUGCUGAUGCAUCCUGUCCUGGAGUCAUUGAGGAACACAGACAAACAGUGGCUGAUAGACACGCUCUACGCAUUUAACGCCGGCAUUGUGGAGCAGUUCCAAGCCUUGAAGACUGCCUGGGGUCAACAGCCUGAUCUUGCAGCUAAAGAGGCCAAACUAAUGCAGAAGAUACAGUUACUCUGUGUAAUGGAGAUGACUUUCACAAGGCCAGCCAAUCACAGGCAGCUGACUUUCCAGGAAAUUGCUAAGAGUGCCAAAAUCCAAGAGAAUGAGGUGGAGCUGUUGGUGAUGAAGGCUCUCUCUGCUGGACUGAUCAAGGGAAGUAUUGACGAGGUGGACCAGAAAGUUCACAUGACCUGGGUUCAACCCAGAGUACUGGACUUGCAGCAGAUUAAGGGCAUGAAGGAUCGUCUGGACUCCUGGUGUGGAGAUGUUAAGAACAUGGCCAUGCUGGUGGAACACCAGGCUCAGGAUGUCCUCACUUAGAAAUUCCCUGUACACUGUCUGACCCAACCGAAAUGUCCCUUAUAUUGCAUUCUCCCCAAGUCUCCAGUUCUUUGCGUGAUACAUGUCAGUAUCUUCAAUAUGUCAUUAAAGCAACUUGUUUUCACAA